AUGGCAGUAUCUUUUGGCCCUUUAUCUGAUCCGAGGGCAGAACUUACACUGACGGAAAUCAACCGGGAGCUUCAGUUGCAGCUGGCAAAGAACAAGCAGGACUUCCGAGACCUCACGGAGAAAUUCCUUGUAUCCCAAGCAACUGCCUACUCCCUGGCCAACCAGCUGCAGAAAUACAAGUGUGAAGCCUGUAAGGACAUCAUUGAAUCCGUGCUGGGGGAGAAGCUGUCGUUUGAGGCGCUGAGGCUGGCAGAGAAGCUGGCAGAGAAGCCAACGCUCGAUGAGAGGCUGAGGACGUGUGAUAUCCUAAUUCGAAGUCAGGCGCGAGAGCUGACCCAGUUACGGCAGACAUUACGGGAAGGGAAAGAUGACUCUGUUCUACUCAAGCAGCACCUCAAGGACCUCGUCACCCACAAUGACCUUGACAACCACCAGGGGCCGGGCUUCCGAGAGCAGCUGACUGAGGGACAUAGGCUGGCAGAGCGCCUUGCCCGCAAGCUCAGCCCAGGUACCAUCCUGGGAGGGUUGAGUCUCAUUCCUCAUCAGAGGGAGGUUGCAAAGGAGGCAGUGCGUCAGGAAUCCCAGGAUGAGUGUGUUUCCCCCACCAGGCUCAGCGGGGAGCUGCCGCAGAUGGGAGAGAAUGGUGUCCCACGGGACUCACUGGAUGAAUACCACUUGACUUACGACUGUCACCGAGGGCCUGUGAAUUUCCAAGGGUCAGAGGUGCAAACUUCACAAGCACAGUUGCAGAAAAGCACCCAGGAUACCAAUUAUCUGCAAGUACGGCUGGACCAGGAUUUCGAUUGUGGUGACAGCAAAGCCUCGCUCAGUCUUUCCUUCACCAUCGGGGGCUUUAACACCGACACUGAUUAUUUGGAUGCCUCCAUCGGAAUGAAGACCCCUCCCAAGCUGGAGGGUGAGGGCUCAGCUCGACAUCACAGCCCCCCACAGCGACCCCUGACUCACAGGGACAAGCGCGCAGUUACGCCUGCGGUGUGA